AUGGAGGAGGAAUUGUUGAUUGGCUCAGAUGUAGAGAUUGAAGACGAGUUCGGUUUGAAAGAGCAGUUUGUUAGGUUUGGGUACUACAGACAUAAGGAUGAUGAUGUCAGCAUUGAAUCCCUCAGUGAGCUUACACAGCAUGUUAACACUACAGAGGACCUCACCUUCAAACUCCUUUGGAUUACAUUCAAGGAACUUAGUGAAGUCAGCAACAAGCGUCCCGGCAAGAAAACCAAGGAGCACAUAGUAGGACACAUGCCAAGUAUGAUCAAGGAUGGGAGCAUUGACAUAAUUAGAUCUCUCCUGGAUGCGAAAGAGACCAUUUCAAGGAGGGUGAUGCAGCUAGUGAAGAGAUUUGUAACUUUGCUUGUUCCCAGUUGA